AAGAGAAUGUAUACAAUGGAAAUCAAAAAAUCAAUUAAGUUAUGAAAAACACCAUUAAUUGUCUUUCUUUGUCGCAGCUGCACAUAAAAAAUGGCGGAUAUCUCGACACAGUCAUUUAGAUCUCGUUUAUGAACGUUUACAUGGAGCGUUGAGUUACUGGAUGAAAACGGCUACAGACGAGAGGUUUAUUUAUGAUAUUUAGAACCACUGGAGAAGCACAGUUUCCUGGAAAGCAGCAUGAGCUGAUAGUGCCUGAGGUCUUCCAGAAGAGAGAGGCUGACCGGAAGAUGCCAAGAAGAAAACAACAGAAUCCUCAAUCUGUCAAGUUGGAUUCUGAAGAUGGUGUAGUGACCAUUGUCGCUCCAGGAAUCCUCACCUUGGAGGCAGAUUUCCUUCUGGGACACGACCUUGAGUUUUGUGAUGCCGACCAUGACAAGAUCCUAGGCCUGGACGACAAGUACUCAGCAGCUGAGAUCUCUGUGUACCCUCUGGGUGAUGAGGAGAGUUGUGCCUUCAGCAGUCUCAGUAUGGCUGGGCAGUGUGACCAGGAGCAGGGCCCUGGGUCCCAGCCCGACCACGAGCCUCCCUACUUGUCCUGCCGGGGCUGUGGUCUGGACCUAGUGGGACCCUACUGUCACCGCUGCUGCAAGGGAGAAAGGGGGGAAUUCAGAGGUUUUCGCUCCGGUUCGCGAUCACAAGCGGACGAUAGCGAGGAAGGGGACGGAGGCGGGUUGGACGGCGCUGAUGGAACGGACGAUAACUUCAUAAUGGGCGACGACGGUCCUUCCUCCAAGCGCCACUCCUGCCAGUUGUGUGGGUUCUCCUCACGCUAUGCCAAUCACGUCAAGAGGCACAUGAAGACUCACAACGGGGAGAAGCCGUACCGUUGUCCCCUGUGUACCUACGCCUCGGCCCAGCUGGUCAACCUGCAGAGACACCUGAGGAUUCACACUGGGGAGAAACCAUACAGCUGUGACUCCUGCUCCUUCGCCUGCAGUUCCCUAGGCAACCUGAAAAGGCAUCAGAGGAUGCAUGUGGUGGGACAGGAAGCAGUCAGACCUGCUAGUGGACCUCCUAUUGGUCCCUCUGGUCUGAAGAGGCAGCGGGAGGAGGAGCCUAAUGUGCCAGCUGAAGAAGCCCUAAGGCCUGACCUGAACCUCCACGUAGGGGGCUAUAACAGAGACUACCUGCCAUGCUCUGAUGGACUGAGGGUACCACCACCAGAACUCCCUGAGCACCAUCCCUCAAGACUUCUGGAGGUGCCUGGCUGUGGACCUGGGGCUGAGUCCGGGGUUGGGGCUGUGGUGGGAGUGAAGUCCGAGGAUACGCUCCCUCCUCUCCCUUUCCUCUUCACCUGUCGUCUCUGUGGUAUCCCCAUGGAGGACGAGGACGGCUCCACCACCCAGAUCUGUGCCAAGUGCACCCUGGACAUGCUGAACAAGGACUCGUCUGGCCCCAACAGCCCCGGGGAGCGUGGGGACAAGGUCUACACCUGCAGUGCCUGUCCCUUCCUCACCCACUACCCCAACCACCUGGCGCGACACAUGAAGACGCACAGCGGAGAGAAGCCGUACAAGUGCCCUCAGUGCGACUACGCCUCCGCCCACUUCGACAACCUGAAACGCCAUCACCGCGUGCACACGGGCGAGAAGCCGUACAAGUGCCACCUGUGUGACUACGCCUGUGGGAACCUGGCUAACUUAAAACGUCACCAACGAGUCCACUCGGGCGCCAAGCCGUUCCAGUGCGCAGUGUGUAGCUACAGCUGUAACCAGAGUAUGAAUCUGAAGAGACACAUGCUGAGACACACGGGAGAGAAGCCUUAUAAGUGCCAGCAGUGUGGCUACACCACGGGACACUGGGACAACUACAAACGACACCAGAAGAAACAUGGCCUCGCCACCGACGGAUGGGUCAAAGUUCAGAGGCCAUGUGCCCAUGAGGAGGAGGAAGACAGGGAGGUGGGACAGCCAGAGUAAAGAAGGAGAGUUGGUGUUUGCUCAGAUAAGGAGAAGAGCUGGGACAUACAUUUAACAUGUAAAUAAAAGAUAAAUCCUAGAUUGUUUUUGUUAUUUUGUCAAAGAUCUUCUGCGACUGCUAUGUAGAAUCAUGCAAAAUAUAAAAUGUUUGUGUUUAUUCUUAUGUUUUUAUACCUUUGGAAACAGAGUUGGAAGGAGGAAGCUAUUUAGAUUGUUGUUGUUGCCAGACACAUUUUUUAAUUUUACCUUUAUUUAACCAGGCAAGUCAGUUAAGAACACGUUCUUAUUUUCAAUGACGGCCUGGGAACAGUGGGUUAACUGCCUGUUCAGGGGCAGAACGACAGAUUUGUACCUUGUCAGUUCGGGGGUUUGAACUCUCAACCUUCCGGUUACUAGUCCAACGCUCUAACCACUAGGCUACCUGCCGCCCCAUGAACUACUUUAACAUUCCCCUAAAGCCCAAAACGCUGCAUUCUCCACCAUGUGCUGUUUUCUUACACACGCCAACUGUGCCCUACAGCUCCUUCAAACAUCAUUGCACAUUAUGGCUUACAACCACUAGUUGACCUCUUCUUACAGAUGUAGGACCUUCAUUUGAACCAGUUUUGCUACAGCAGGAAAAUAUUCCUGCUUGCAACAGGAAAUGUGGAUUAUAAUUCAUGGACAUUUUUUUUGUAGGGGUUGAUUUUUUUAUUUUUUUAUUUAUUUUUUCUCUUCAGGGCAAAUCAAGUCUGACAUUUCAAAGUGGAAAUUAAACAUUUUAGAAGCUUGAUUUUUUUUUUAAAACUUGUACACAAGUUUGCUUGGAAAAUUGUCAGCGACAAAAGUAAUCAAAUUAAGAUCCUACAUCUGUACCAGUCUAGUCUACAAUUCCAAACUCUCUACUGUCCACUUCAUCUUCCAUCUCUCCUCCUCAACCCCUUAUAUCUCCAUUACAACCUGGGGGGCAGGACACAGCGUUUUGGAACGUUCAGAUAGAAAUAUGCUAUGUAGAACAAUUUAAUGUCUGCUCUAUUCAGGGUAUUUCUAUCUGCUUACGGUCCAAAACAUCUGACUCCUGAAGCUGGUCUCGUUGAGAAAGGCCCCUCGGACGGACAGUGUAUGGACUUAGCUUGAUCCCAGAUCUGUUCCUGACCAACUACUGUCAAUGACCAUAGGCGUUGGCAAGACUGCACAAACUGAUCUGGGACCAGAGGGGUAUACUAUGAAGUAAAAUCAAAGAGUUAGCCAGAGAACUUUGAUAAACAGCCAGAAAUAUUAACUUGGAUACACCACAUGACCAAAAGUAUGUGGACACCUGCUCGUCGAACAUCUCAUUCCCUAAUCAUGGGCAUUAAUAUGGAGUUGGUCCCCCUCCCCCUUUACUGCUGUAACAGCCUCCACUCUUCUGGGAAGGCUUUCCACUAGAUGUAGGAACAUUGCUGCUAUAACAGCCUCCACUCUUCUGGGAAGGCUUUCCACUAGAUGUAGGA